UAUUUUGGGCUUCACAGUGUAAUAAGCUGAUUACUGAAGAGAUGGCUGGAGACGCAGACGAUGAGAUACCGGAAACUGGAGCUGUAUUCACUUUCGGCAAGAGUAAAUUUGCAGACAAUGUUCCCAGCAAGUUCUGGUUGAAAAAUGACGUCCCUGUAAAGCUAGCAUGUGGAGAUGAACACACUUCACUAAUUACAGAGAACGGAAAACUGUUCAUGUUUGGCAGUAAUAACUGGGGACAGCUCGGCCUGGGCGAAAAGAUCAGCGUGAAUAAACCUACUUGUGUUAAAGCCUUGAAAUCCGAAAAAGUCAAGCUUGUUGCUUGCGGAAGAACUCACACUCUCGUUUACACGUCAUCCAGUAACCUAUACGCAGCAGGGGGGAAUAAUGAAGGCCAGCUCGGUCUUGGAGACUUUGUGGAUAGAACCUCAUUCCAGCUGGUGGAGUUCUUCACAAAACGAGGCCCAAUCAAGAUGCUCGCAGCGGGCUCCAACACGUCAGCUGCUAUUACACAGGACGGGAAGCUGUACGUCUGGGGUGAUAACUCUGAAGGGCAGAUUGGUUUGGGAAAGGAGGAAGGUACUUCCACUCCACGUGAACUUUAUGUGGGGAGACGGGUGACGUGGAUUUCCUGUGGUUACUACCACUCUGCUUUUGUUACAGAGGACGGGGCGUUAUUCACCUUUGGAGAGAGAGACGGUGGAAAGCUGGGUUUGAGCACCUCACAGGCGCCCAAUCACAGAGUGCCUCAGCAGGUGGAGGGCAUCUCUGAACCGGUGCUGCAGGUGGCAUGUGGGGGAGGCCACACACUCGCACUCACAGAGAAAAACCUCUAUUCUUUUGGCCUGGGACAGUUUGGUCAACUGGGUCAUGGCACCUUCACUUUUGAGUCCCGCUUACCAAAAGAGGUGGAACAUUUCCGGAAGGGAAGAGUAAAGUACAUAGCAUGUGGAGAAAAUCACAGCGCUGUUCUCACAGAGUGUGGACUUCUCUACACAUUUGGAGAUGGCCGUCAUGGGAAACUGGCUCUAGGAGAUGAGUACUUUGCCAACCAGUUCAAACCAACACUAUGUCCACGAUUCCUCAAAAAUAACGUGCAGGCUGUUACUUGUGGUGGGUGUCACAUGGUAGUAUUGGCUAAACCUCGACUCAGAAGGUCAGAAGUUGUAAUCCUAGAGGAAAAUGAUGUGACUGAAGACCAUCUGGAGAAGCUGCUCCGGGAGGCGGAGUCUCGACACAGUCUGAACAGAAGUCUGUCAGCCCGAGACAGACGCAGAGAGAGGGAGCGCUCUCCAGAGCAGUUUGGGAUGAUGUUCCGGACUCUUCCACCUCUUAGUUCAGGUCACCUUAAUGUGUCUCUACCUGCUUCUAGUCAGACUUUUCCUUCACAACUAAAGCAGAGAACCACAAAUGGUUUCCAGAGGAAUGGCCUUCUCAGCAGCACCGGCAAGGUCACAGAAGAGCACGAAGAAGAUGCGAAGACUCUUGUUGAAAACUAUGAGGAUAACGAAAGUGUGAAAGAUUUGGGAGAAACUGUGGAUUUAUUAAAUUUAACUCAUGUAAUGAAGAUGGAUCCAGCUGAGAAGACUAUUACUUUGUCUCCUGUGCAGAAGAGGCGGAAGGUAAAAUCUGAGGUAAAGCGCAGUAAGGUGGUGGAGCAGUUAAGCAAUAUAAAAGGAGAGGAGAAAGUAAUUUAUGAAUCAAAAGAAAAGGCUAAACAUUUUAGAGAGGCAGAUUUAGAGAAAGCAGGAUCCAAAACAAGGUCAGUGGAAAGAAGACAGCAACAAGCCACUGAAGAAAAGUUUUACGCUCGAAUCACACAGGUGAAACACAUACCUGCGAAGUCUGACAGCAAAGUAGAGAGAAGCAAGCCAGUAGUUGUUCACAGCAAAUUACUGGACAACACCAUUGAGCAUGAUGUAAAAACAAGGAACAGCAGCACUAUUAAUGCUGAGUCUAAUCGGGCACAAGGAGCAACCAAGAAGACCCAGUCAACCAAACGCAAGCACAACGUGGACACACAAAAGACAGAAAAAGGGCUUUCGCUGGACCUUGAAGCAGCAGCCAGUUCAGCAAACAGCAUCAGUUCCCAUUCAGAGGACACAAUGCCAUGCUCUCUCAUUGGAGUGACAUCGCUAACAGAAGACCUGCCCAUUGAGAGUCCUGUGCGUCUUCUGAAAGAUGUAGCCUCCAGCCGUUUCCUGUCCCGAGCAGCAUCCAUCAGCUCCUUGAAAACCAGUGGGCAGAGUUCAGACACUCUGGACGAACAGUCUCAUUCAAACGCUGCCUCGAUCUGUGAGGAUCCGGAGAGGAAUGUAAGCAAAAGGAUGGCGGUUACCAUUAAUGUAAAGCCUGUGCCUGCAACUUCAGAUGAGGAAACUGAGAGGAGCAUGUCUCAGUCUCACGCUGAGGAGAAAUCUGAAGAUAAAGCAGUCAAGAAGGAUGAGAUCUAUCACUUAUCACAGGAGGAAGAAGAGGAGGAUGAGAGUCAAGGGAUCACAGACACUGAGAGAUUGGGGAAAGGAAUUGAGAAGCGCAGCAGUGUGGAAUCUGUCAAGGAAGCUAGUAAUAGUGUUGGCCAAGGAACAAAUGAUAACGAUGAAGAGCAAGAUGACACGACUUGGAGAAAGUCAAGUCAGGAUGAGACGAGCGAAGGAGAGGAGAAAGAGGAGAAAAGUAAGAUCGAAUCAGAGAAAGGAAAAGAGAGUGAGUGUGAGUUUGAGGAAGAAGGGAAAAGUCAGGUUAUAGAUGAACAAGAGGAUGAAGAAGAGAGUGAGACUGUUGAGCAAGAAGAGGACAAAAGCAGAAUGAGCUGUGAUGAGGAAGAGAGCAGUAAAGAAACAAAUAGACAGAAACACAGCAUGCUAGAAGAGGAGGAAAGUGAGGAUGAGCGUAAAAGUUCUAAAUCUGAAAGCGUUCCUGGUGAAGGUGGUGAAAGUGAAGAUGAAGACGCAGCAGAAGAAGAAAAGGAUAGUUCCGAAGAGGAGAAGGGGUCUGUCAGGAUAGUGAAAAACAAGUCAGAGGACGAAGAGCUAAGUGAAAAUGAAAGUGAGGUAGAGGCAGACACGACAGAGGGUGGAAGUGAGAAAGAAGAACAAGAGGGUGUGAAGGACGAGCAGGAGAGUGAAGAAGAAGAGAAAGAGAGUGAAGGAGGACAGGAAGACAGUGAGGAAGAAGGGGAAGACAGUAAGGAAGAAGAGGAAGAGAGUGAAGUAGGAAAGGAAGAGAGUAAAGUAGGAAGUGAAGAUAGCGAGUCAGAAGUGGAAGAGAGUGAAGUAGGAAAUGAAGAGAGUGAGGACGAAGAGGAAGAGAGUGAAACAGGAAAGGUAAUAAGUGAGGAAGAAGAUGGGGAGGGUAAAGCAGGAAAAAAAGUGAGCGAGAAGGAAGCGGAGAAUAGUGAGGAGGAAGAAGGGGAGGACAGUGAAGCAGGACAGGAAGAGAGUGAGGAAGAAGUGGAAGAGAGUGAAUUAGGAAAUGAAGAGAGUGAGGAGGAGAAUGAGAAUAGUGAGGAGGAAGAAGAGGAGGACAGUGAAGCAGGACAGGAAGAGUGUGAGGAAGAAGAGGAGGACAGUGAUGCCGCACAGGAAGAGAGUGAGGAAGAAGACAGUGAAGCAGGACAGGAAGAGAGUGAAGAAGAAGAGGAGGAGAGUGAAGCAGGACAGAAAGAGAGUGAAGAAGAAGAAGAAGAAGAAGAAGAAGAAGAAGAAGAAGAAGAAGAAGAAGAAGAAGAGAGUGAAGCAGGACAGGAAGAGAGUAAAGAAGAAGAAGAGGAGGAGAGUGAAGCAGGACAGGAAGAAACUGAGGAGGAAGAAGAGGAGGGUGAAGCAGGACAGGAAGAGAGUGAGGAAGAAGAAGAGGAGGGUGAAGCAGGACAGGAAGAGAGUGAGGAAGAAGAGAGUGAAGAUGAGGAGGUAAGAAAAGCAGGAAAAAAAGAAAGUGAUGAUGAAGAAGAAGAAAAGGGACUGGAAAGAGAAACAGAAAAUGAAGAGGAAGAAAGUGGAGGAGAGGAAAAGGAGAGUGGUGAUAGAGAGGAAGAAAGUGGAGAUGAAGAAGAAGAUUCUGAUGCAGAGAAAGAUCUAGAAGGAACAGAGCAGGAAGAUGGCAGUGAAGGUGAAAAAGAAGAGGAGGACGGAGGAGAAGAUGAAGAAGAAGAUGCAGACCAAGAGGAGGAAGACGUGGACGAAUUCACAGAGGACACAGCAGAUGAGGACGAAGAAGAAGAACCUAAGAAAAAACGGAAAGGAAAAGAAAAGCCAUCGGUUAUGUCAAAGCAAUCUAAAUCAAAGCAAGAGACCUCAAAGAGUAAAAAAGGACCAGCUAGAAGACACCAGUCAGACUCUCAGGAGUCUCAGGAGCCUCGACAGUUCUGGGAUGAUGUUCUUCCUCAAUACCUCAACUUAAAAUAAAUCCUCUGGCUCAGUCUUCCCUUCUGCUCUCUCAGUAUGACAUCUCUCCGCUCUCUCAUCAGACAUUAUCCUGUAAAUGUGUUUCACUUUUCUCAGCCAUCUCACACAUAAAGAUCUAUAAUGCCUUAUAGAUCUUUAUGCACAUCAUCUUCAGCUGCUAUUUACAAAACAGUGUGUUUCUUUUGCUGCUUGUUCUCCACUUAUUUGUACUGAAACUCUUCUUAGGUAUUUCCUAAUUCAGUGGUUCCCAAAUUGGGGUACGCGUACGCCCGGGGGUACGCCACGUGACAGAGGGGGUACGCAAACAAAAUGCUGAAAUGUACUGUUAAUGUAAUUAUACUGCACCUAAUAUUCAAGCAGACAUGUAUUUCUCAGACUAAAUAUAAAGACGUGUCCCCUCUAGUGUACGCACACAAAGUAGCCAGGUAGUGCAAUAAAAUGUCAAAUUCAUGACAUCCAACCAAAUUACCCUAUCUGCAGUCACCAAAAAUCUGUGUCCACUCAAGUGUCAUGCGUAAGUGCACGUCUUUAUUUAGCGCAUGUAAUUCACACACAGUUUUACGUCGUAUCGCUGAUAUGGCAGAAGACGUUUUAAAACAACUAUUGCUUCGCAUAAAAUCCAGCGAUUUCUACGCUUUACAAAUUGACAAAUUGACUGAUAUAGUCGGUUUG